UUACAGAAUGAGUGAUCGAGGACGUAAUGAUGGUGAUAUAAAACGGAACAGCGUGAGUAGUGGAAGACCAGCUAGUGGUAGCAAUGCAAGUCCACGUAAUGUUGCAAAGGAGGAGCGUGCAGAGAGAAAUGAGCGUGAUCGUACUGGCCGAACAUCUUCCAACGAAAGGCAUCAUCAUCGAUCAAGUGAAUACCAGUACAACAAUUCUUCAAGUAACAUGGGAGGACCAUCUGGUGGACAACCGAAUCGUGGGAUGGGGAUGGGGCCAGGCAGUGGUGGUGGUGGUCGAGGACCAAUGAAUAUGAUGUCUUCGAUGAAUGUCCUUUCCGGGCAAGCGUUUAGUGAAACUGAUCUGAUGAGUGAUUUACCCAAAAAGAAAUUCACUGGUCGAUGCCGUUUAUUUGUUGGUAAUUUGCCGAAUGAUCUGAAAGAGCAAGAACUCAAGGAACUUUUCGCACCUCACGGCGACAUCGCCGAAUGCUAUCUGAGUGGCAAAGGAUUUGCUUUUUUACGAUUGGAUACACGUGCUCAUGCAGAAAGUGCUAAAGAAGCUAUUGAUGGCAAAAUAAUACAUGGACGUCCAGUUCGUGUACGAUUUGCGGUCCAUGGUGCAGCGUUGAGAGUAAAGGAACUUUCACCAACUGUAUCGAAUGAAAUGCUUUAUCAUGCAUUUUCGGCAUUUGGUGAAGUAGAACGAGCAGUUCAUAUAGUUGACGAAAAGGGCAAGCCAACCGGAGAAGGGAUUGUAGAAUUUGAGCGGAAGCCAUCGGCUAAUGAGGCACUUCAUCAGAUACGGGAAAAAGUAUUCUUAUUAACGGCAAGUCCGAAACCGUUAGUUGUGGAGAUGUUGGAGCCACGUGAUGAAGACGAUGGUCUCGCCGAACGUAUGAUACAGCGCAGCGCAAUGCUUCAAAAGGAACGAGAAGUGGGCCCACGAUUUCCACCGGCAAACAGCUUCGAAUACGUAUUCGGGUUAAAAUGGAAGGAGCUAUAUGAGGUGGAAAGACAGCGUAGAGCUCAACUGGAAGAAGAGCUCAAGGAAGCUCGUAGACGCUUGGAAGCUGAUAUGGAUCUCGCUUACCAGGAUUAUCAAACUCAGUUGCUCCGUGAAGAUCUCGCACGUCGUCAACAGGAGCUUGAGCGAUUAGAAGCUGCAAAACGUGAGCGUAUGGCACAGGUAGCGGCACGUCGUGGUGAAAUGCCUACCCUGUUGGGUAAUUUAACCGGUGGACCAUCUGGUCCGCAAGGUAUGGCGAAUGGGCCAGGUGGAAUGUCUGGUGGGCCACCACCACGUGAAUUUUUCGUUGCCGGUUCUGGCGGAGGAGGUUCGCACUCGCAACACAGAGGGCCAUUCAAUUCAAGUGGACAAGGUGGACCUGAAGGACCAAGAGGACAAGAAAUGAUAGGCCGAGGUCCGCCUGAUAUGCAACGCGGUGGACCACCGCAAAUGGACAAUCCAGGAAGGGGACCACCUUUCCAGCAAGGCGGACCCGGUGGACAUGUCAAUCAAGGAGGCGGCCCUGAUCCGACGCUCGUACAAGGCGUCCAGAAAUUGCUACAGAUAUUUCGUGCUGAUGCCCCAAGACCUGGUGGACCGCAACAGGGAGUGCCACCUUCUUUUGGUACUCCAGGCGGUCCUGGACCUGGUGGUUUUCGAGGACCAGGGGGACCGGGACCAAUGGGACCUGGGAAUUUCGGAAUGCAAAGUGGGCCACCAGGAGGUUUUCAUCGUGGACCACCAAUGGGUGGCGAUUUCCCAGCUGAGAAGCGGAUACGACGAUAAGUCACAAAUUGCUUUCUGUUCUAUUUUUCUGUUUUAUUUUUAAUAGUGUUUACAUUGCUGAGAUUUUUAUAUGUCUUCUGUUAAUUUGUUCACGUGAUUUUCUGUGUAAUUGAGCCAAGAAAAAAACUGAAUUUUUUCCAUAAGGGAUGUUUACAUUGCUUUGAUGUAGAAAGGCAUGUUGAAUCAAGAAUAUGUAACAAAUUUGUAACAAGGUACUCAUCCUUAUACUUUAUUUUUUCAAGUGGUGUUUUCAUUUCUCGUUUUCUUAUCCUCAAUCAUUCAGAGCAUUAUGCUUGAAUGCCUGUAUGCGUGCAUUUUUCGUCAGUUGCACAGUUCUGUUAUCCAUGUGUUGUGCUCCUUAUUGAUGAAGUUUUUGUAAGAAGUAAAAUAAGCGUUUUUCUUUCAGUAACUCUAAGCACUUCCAGUUAGUUUACUUCUUGCCCUUGAUAAUUUUAUUUUUCUGAACAGGUCGUGAUUGCCUGUUUCUAAGAUUAUUUGAAGGUAGCGUGAUAUAAUCCACGCGAAGUUGACUGUUACUCAUUCAAGUUGUUUCAUGGAAGUAUAAGGUAUAAAUUGUUUGAUUUUCUGAAACAGAAACCUGGAUAUGAUUAGGAGCAGACACUGACGAAACGAGGUUGAAGUGAAUUAACGUGUUAAUUGUGUGAUGGGACAAAUUAGCUAGAGUACCGCUACUAGCUAGGGUACCGAGGAUGUAUAUUGUCGAAAUUUUUGGAGCAGGGGUGU